AUGCCGGACGAAACAACGCCGCUCCUGUGGGAGUCUAACGCCCUGGAAGAUCCCCAUAAGCAGUUCUGCUUACUGGCAGGCGUUCCUCCCUCGGACGGGUCGUUGGACAAAAAACACCCGUUUGUCAUCGGCGACAAAACGCUCUAUGGCCGAGCCACUCGUCAAUACAAGCGAGCGCGACGCAAUCACUCCUUCAUGUCCGGUCUUAACAACGUGCUGCUGCUGUCGCAGGUCAUCCUUGGCGCAACCCUGACCGCCCUUGGUGCAAGUGAAUCAAGUCACAUACUGAUUACGCUGUUUGGUGUCAUGAAUACCGUGAUAGCUGGUCUCGUGGCUUACAUGAAGUCUCGAGGCCAGCCAGCGCGGACUCGACUUUAUCGCGACGACCUGGAAAUGGUCGUGGACCAGAUAGAGAACAGCGAGAUCAUGUGGUUAGGGAUAUCCAGGAAUAUCCACGGCUAUGACGAGAUUGACAUCGACGAUAAAGUGACUGUCCGUGGCGAGAUUGCACGAUUGAUGCGACUGUAUGAGAAAGCACACCGUAGCUUUGUCAUGAGCAAUCCUGACAACUAUCUGAUGGGCCAGGCUGAUAGUUCUGGAACGGCCUUAAGGUCAAGAGCUGGAGUUGGUGGCGGCUUUCCACCUGCUCCGCCUGCAGUCACUCUGCCUGCAGUCGCACCUGCCGCUGCGCCUGCUGCUGCUCCUGCUGCUCCACCUCUUGCCCCAGCCGCAGAAGCGCACGAUGAAGAUGCAAGUCCUGCGAGUGCACCCACGGAUGCCGUCAAGGACGACGACGCGGCAUCGACGAAGAGCAAUGAAGUCGCCAAGCCGGAUGCCGCUACUAAGAAGGAUGCUACUGACCCGCCUCCCCCGAAGGAGAACAACAGGGAGAGCGCUCCUAAGGACAGCCCACCAAGCUAUAGGGAUUCACCAAACGCCAGUAAGGAAGAUCUCAAGCCUUCAAUCACCGAAGAGGCCAAGAAAGAAACUCCUGUAGACACACCCGCAUCCACCUCGACUACUGCUGCGCCUCAAGUUCCAGCAACUCCGGACGCUGGAAAUGAUCCAGACGAGUCACCUGCUACGGCGGCGAAAGGCUUUGAGAGGACCAGCAGCUAUGCGAGUAACAAAAGUGGCAAAGGCAAGGAAAAGAAGAGAAUGGGAAGUGAGUAA